AUGGGUCCGGAGGGGACCUGUAUUGAAGUGUCCUGUGAAGACUGGAGAUACAACACUCGGGAUUUGGACUGUCAGGACGACAGACCCUCCCAGCUGACGGCAUUUCUCCUCUCUUUCUUUCUGUCUUCAACAGGGGCUGCCAACUUUUACAUCGGUCGAGAUGACCUAGGUGGUGGACAACUUUUUCUAUUGAUUCUGAUGUUUGCUGUCUCCUACAUCACCUGCUACCUCCCGUGCUGCCUCGGUUGCUGCAUGUCCAAAGACGAUGUUAAAGGUAGCAUAUUUUUCAUGGCGCUGAUUGUGCUCGAAACAGUUCUCGUGGUGAUUAUCUUCGUUGCCAUCUGGGCGUGGUGGCUGGCCGACCUCAUCAUCUUUGCCACCAACCAGAGAGAUGCUGGCAACGGAUGCAUGCUAAGAGAAAACCUCUAACUUCUCUUCCAAACUUGUACAUAGCUACAAUCUAGUUUUUCCUACCACCAGUAGUGGGACAUAAUUAUUAUGCUUGUUUUUUUUUAUACACAUUGCAAAGUCUAUUGUACAUGAUGUAAUGAUAAUAUAGUGUAUGGAAUUUUAAUUAGUCCCAAGAGACAUGUUUGGAACUGCCAC